GCUCCAGGUGGACCUUUGGAAUCCGCAUGCACCCUAUCCAACUGCGAUGCCCGAUGAAGAUGGCGGUGGCGCGUCAGUCUGCCUCCCUCUUUCCCAGUUCAAUGGCAUCGUCUCUGUCGUUGCUUCCCUCCAUCAUCAACCAACCUCAUGGUGUUCUCCGACUAAAGAUUCAUACCAGACGUUGCUUCAGUCUCAGAAUCUUAUGCCAGAAACCCCAAGCCUCUUCUUUUUCACGCACAUGUCGCAAUCAAGCGUCUUGCUCGCUGCCAUGCCCUGUGGUGGAAAGGGACUCUACCUUCAAGCUCACCAGAAACUUCUCUCACUCGAACGCUCCUCUUGCUGACAAGGCAGAGGGUCCGAAUCUCCGUCACUUCAUCGCAAAAGCUGCUCUUACUGCCUCUGAAGCUCAGCCCAAUCUUGUAGAAGAUACUGAAGCUCCUUCAAAAGGCCGUAUUUAUCACGAGACUUAUGGUUGUCAAAUGAACGUUAAUGACAUGGAGAUUGUUCUGUCUAUUAUGAACAAUGCUGGAUAUCGUGAAGUUGUGGGUGUUCCAGAGAAUGCAGAGAUAAUAUUCAUCAAUACUUGUGCCAUUAGGGACAAUGCAGAACAAAAGGUAUGGCAAAGGCUUAAUUACUUUUGGUUUCUUAAGCGGCACUGGAAGAGCAAUGUUGCUAUUGGGAGAUCACAGUCCCUGCACCCGCCAAAGGUAGUUGUAUUGGGAUGUAUGGCUGAGAGGUUAAAGGAAAAGAUUCUUGAUGCGGACAAAAUGGUUGAUGUGGUCUGUGGACCAGAUGCUUAUAGAGAUUUGCCACGAUUGCUGGAAGAGGUAGACUAUGGCCAGAAAGGGAUCAAUACUCUUCUUUCACUAGAAGAGACUUAUGCUGAUAUCAAUCCAGUUCGAAUAUCUAAGAAUUCAGUUACUGCUUUUGUCUCAGUGAUGAGGGGUUGCAACAACAUGUGCUCAUUUUGUAUUGUACCCUUCACCAGAGGUAGAGAGCGAUCACGUCCUGUGGAAUCUAUAGUGAGGGAGGUGGCAGAGCUUUGGAAAGAGGGCGUGAAGGAAGUAACACUUCUAGGCCAAAAUGUGAACAGCUACAAUGAUGCAUCUGGGAACGAAGAACUUGAAUCGGGGUCUGAUUGGAAAUUUAGUGAUGGCUUUUCCAGCAUGUGUAAAGUCAAAAAGAUGGGCUUAAGGUUUUCUGAUCUAUUAGACCGACUUUCCACAGAAUUUCCUGAGAUGCGAUUCAGAUUCACAUCCCCACAUCCUAAAGAUUUUCCAGAUGAAUUGCUCUAUCUCAUGCGAGAAAGACAUAAUAUAUGCAAAUUAAUACAUUUACCUGCUCAAACAGGAAAUAGCAGAGUGCUUGAGAGAAUGAGACGAGGAUAUACUCGUGAGGCUUACUUGGAUCUUGUGCAAAAGAUACGUAGUAUAAUUCCAGAUGUUGGCUUGAGUAGUGAUUUCAUUUGCGGUUUUUGCGGAGAAACAGAGGAAGAACAUUUGGACACUUUGUCUCUCAUCAAGGCAGUUGGCUAUGAUAUGGCAUUCAUGUUUGCAUAUAGCAUGAGGGAGAAAACCCAUGCCCACAGAAAUUAUGUUGAUGAUGUUCCUGAGCAAAUCAAGCAAAGGAGGCUGGCUGAACUUAUCGAGGCAUUCCGUGAGAGCACUGGUCAGUGUUUUGAUUCACAGAUUGGAACUAUACAGCUCGUAUUAGUUGAGGGACCCAACAAGAGAGCUCCAGAUACUGAGCUUAUGGGCAAGAGUGACAGGGGACAUCGGGUUUUGUUUGUCAAUGAGCCAAUCUCAGACAGGGAAGAUGCUAAUACAAAGCGGAAUCCCAUUAUCGGUGACUUUGUUGAAGUCCGUAUAUCAAGAUCUACAAAAGCAUCACUCUUUGGUGAAGCACUUGCUAUAACAAAAUUGAGUUCAUUUUACAAUAAGAGUGAGUUAGAUGUUGCCUGCGGCAUGUAGAACCUUGCAAUAUAGAAGGAAAUCAACAUAAAUUGCUCUUUUGUACAAUUCGGUGAUGAGGCAUACAUCGGCCCCCUCUCGGCUGAAUUAAUUCUCUGUCUCCUCCUCCCGUGGACGAAAGGUGCGUUUGACUAUACAAAACCAAUCGCUGAGAGUGCUGCAGACAACCCAAGACUUGAAAUUACUUAGAUUGGCCGUCUUUUUGUGGCAGUGUUGGGAGAUUCGUGCACGGAAGAAAGAGGGUUGUUUCUCCCAGCAUGGGCUAAAUUUUUGAUAGGAAUCGUUGGGUAUUUUGAUUCUUGCAUCAUCAUUUAUCAAAUCAUGGUUUCAAUGAAAUUAUCGUUUUUAUUGC